AUGUCGCGCGUGCGCAUUCUCAAUCUACCAGCUGACUGCACAGAGGAACAGCUGAAGCAGCACCUCCUGCGCACGGCGCCGCGAGAUGCACCGCUGCUGGAGAUCACCGACGUGCAGUUCAUUCGCAGACCUGCCACGGCCCUGGACCGGGAUCACCACCACAAGCAGCGGCGGGGCUGCCUCAGCGCCGUAGCAGCGGCCAAGGCCCCCAAGAUGAUCCUCCGCAUGGCCUUUGUCGGCUUCCGCACCUCGGCAGCGGGACACUUUGUCGCUCAAUACUUCAACAGGUCCUUCUUCCGCAGUGCCUGCCUGAAAGUGGAGCUGGCAAAGGGGCUCAACGAGGUUGGCGUGACGCUGAAUCAGCUGCGCAAGCAGAAGAAGAAGGAAGAAGAGAAGAGCAACAACACAAACAAAGCCAAAUUGAGCUCUGGCGCCGCGGACGGCUCUCACGCCUCUGGACUCACCUCCUCCACAACGGCAGGUGAGCAGGCGACGACUCGCAAGCGUGCGCGCGACAAUGACCGCGAGGAUGGGAAGGACGGCGGUGACACUGGUAACACCACCGCAGACGACGACCUCGCACGCCGUCAACGCGAGUUUGUGGAGCUGCGAAGCAAAGCGACUGAGGGGCCAACCUGGGCAGCAGAGGUCCUCCUGGCCCCAGAUAACACGCCGACCGCUUCGAUGGGCAAAGAGGCGGAGAGGAAAUGCGCUAUGGACGAAAAGACGCAGCGGCAUCGUAGACGCCAGAAGGCCGAGGGGCAUGUCCCUGACGUCGGAAACACCGACGGCGAGAGCGAGGUCGAACAGGAGCGUUGGGCUUUGUCGAGGCAGCAGGCGCUGGGGGAGGUGAGCGACAUGGACUUCCUGGCCAGACUCGCUGGUGCCCCGACGCACAACGCGGUGGAUGCAGAAGAGACGGCGCGGCGAGAAGACGAUGCGGACGUCGGCGCCUCUGUGAGCGAAGAUGACGGCGACGGGAACAUCCCUGCCACUUCUACAAACACCGAUAGUUCUACGAAGUCGAAAGAGAAAGAGUUCGGCCAUGUCGCCACCGCCACAACACACGAGGCGCAGGAAGAAAUCGCGCGUGCAUCGCACCGCAUUCGCCUUGGCAACAUCCCGUACAUUGCCACCGAGGAACACCUGAAGCAGUUCGCCACCUCCCUCGUAGGGCCAGUGGAGGCGGUGCACAUCCCCCUCACCAAAGACACGCGGCAGAACAAAGGUGCCGCCUUCGUGCGCUUUUUCUCCGCUGAGGACGCGGUGCGAGCGCUUCGGUUGUGCCGCGGUGCCAUCCUCAUGGGUCGCCUCCUCCGUGUCAGUGCUGCCGAAGAGGACCCCCACAGCAAGCGCGUGAUGGAGCGAGAAGCUGCGCUUGCCUCCGCAGCAGCCGCUCAAGGCACGACCGAUGCGCUGAGCAGGGCGAAUCUUUCCGGAUCCUCGCAGUUCAAGAAGCAGCGCGAGGCGGAUCGCCGCGGCGGGGAGGCGGGCAAGGAGGGCGGAGGUGGACAAAUAACGUGGAACACCAUGUACAUGAACAGUCACGCCGCUGUGGAGACGGUAGCGCAGCGGCUUGGCGUGCGGUCGGAGGAUGUGGUUGGCGUCGGUGCCAAGGGUGCCGCUGUGCGCGCGGCCAUUGCAGAGGCGUACCUGGCGAGCGAAGUCCAGCACGUGCUGAGUGACGAAGGGAUUGCCUGUGAUGUGCUGGAGGGCGCCACGCAGAACCUGCUCAAGUCGAGGUCAAACACGACCAUCCUCGUAAAGAAUCUUCAGCUGAAGGAUGGAGGCGAUGCAGCAGAGCUCACAAAGUUGUUUGUGCGCUUUGGCGUGCUCGAGACGUCGGCCUUCCCGUCGGCCGGGACGUUUGCCCUGUUCCGCUUCACGCACCCGCAAGAUGCGCGUAUCGCCUUCAUGCGACUCUCCUAUAAACUUUUCAAGGCGGCGCCGCUGUUCCUCGAGUGGGCGCCGGUCGGGGCCCUGAUGGACGACGGCGAGGGCAGCAGUGCGGCGGCUACAGCUGCCGCGGACCUAGGGCUGGCGGUUGGACCAUCCAGCGAGAGCGGUGCGAACGCCGACACCGACGACGCUGCUGCCGCGGCGGUCGCCAACGCAGUGGUGUACACGUUGUUUCUGACCAACAUCCCCUUUCAAACAACCGAGGACGAGCUGCACGCCUUCCUGUUGGAUGCGUGCCCGCGACUAGCCCGCGCGCCAGAGACGCUCAUCAAGCGCCUCGUUCUCCAGCAGGUGCAAGGCCGCGCCUUUCUCACCGUGGCGGACCAGAGCACGCUCGCCUACUGUGUAUCGAAGAUCAACGGCAAGAUCCUGGCAGGUCGCACUCUGUCGUGCGUCGUCAGCAAGCAGACAACACAGCUGCUGCAACAGGCACGUGUGAUCGACACCACCUCGACAGCACAGGGCACUACCGGACAGUUCUCUGGAGCGAAUGCGCGCGAUGACAACGACGAUGAGGCAGACGCCACCAAGACCGCCGUCCUCGCUCGACGUCGCGGCGUCACCUCGAGCGCUGCGACGUCGUCGGAGGUGCCGCCAGGCAGCGACCCGCAGAAGCUCAUCGUCAAGAACCUCCCCUUCGAGGCGACCGAGAGGGACGUGCGCGAGCUCUUCUCCGCCUUCAGCGAGAUCCGCUCGGUGCGUGUGCCACGCAAGAGCCACACCUUCUCCUCUCAUCGCGAGAACAAUCAUCGUGGUUUUGCCUUCGUCGAGUUCCUCUCCGAGGUGGAGGCGGCACGUGCGCUGGAGACGCUCAAGUCGACACACCUCUACGGUCGGCACCUGGUGCUACAGUACGCAAAGCUUGACGGGUAG